AGCAAAGCAAACCUCUGCAUAAUAAUCUUAAAUUUCUCUCUUUCUUUAUCCCUGUGUAUUAAUUUUUCUCUCUUUGUUUUAUUUUGUUUUGUUUGUCUAUAGUCUGAACACACCAGUCUGCACAGAAAGAUGUGCGGUGGUGCUAUAAUUUCUGACUUCAUCGCCGUGAAACGUGGCCGGAAGUUGACCACGAAGGACCUCUGGUCUGACCUUGACACCAUCUCCGACCUCCUAGGCCUGGACCACUCCUCCUUCUCCGACCAGUACAGCUCCUACAACAACCUCGCCAACAAACCUAAGCAACUCUCCAAAGUGAGGGGAGAGAAGGCGCAGAAGAGCAAGCGGGUGAAAACAAAGGAGAAGGAGAGCAAGACUGAUAGCAGUGGCAGUGAGAGGGUUCGGAAGAACGUGUAUAGAGGAAUAAGACAGAGGCCAUGGGGAAAAUGGGCAGCGGAGAUUCGCGACCCACAAAAAGGAGUCCGAGUGUGGUUAGGAACCUACAACACCGCCGAGGAAGCAGCCAGAGCUUACGACCAAGCCGCCAAGCGAAUCCGCGGCGACAAGGCCAAGCUCAACUUCGCCCAGAAAGAACAAACCAUCCCACUUCCACCUCCACCGCCAUUUAAGAAGCAGAAGCAGUCAUUAUCCUCUCAGUUCCAACCUGCUGCCACCCAUAUCGUUCCACUACCACCGCAGCCAUAUUCGAGCUCCUUCCCGACAACAUUGAUGUAUAACCAGAACCAGAGGUACGAUGAUGAGAAGGAGGUUUAUGAUGAUCUGAAGAUGCAAGUGGAAACCAUCCCACCACCACACCCACAGAAGGAACUCAUAAAACGGCAAAUCUCGAGCUUGGAAUCGUUCCUGGGUCUUGAACCUGAAGCUGAAGCUGAGUAUGUGAAUGUGAGCAGUGGAAUAAGCGGUGGUGGUGAUUCGGAACAAGAAGAUCAUUUGAGUGGGGACCUGUGGAUGCUCGAUGAUCUCGUCAGCCACCAUCAGCAGCACCACCACCACCGCCAAGCUCUCUUCUAUUAGCUAUCGAUCCAGAUGAAUGAUCCAUGCGUGUUUACAAGAAGAUGCUUAAUAUAUAUAUAUAUAUAUGUGUGUGUGUGUGUGUGUGUGUGUGUGUGUGUGUGUGUGUGUGUUCUGUGUGUUUUGUGUGUUUCUUUUGAUCUUCAUCCUGUUGUUUGAUCUUCAUGUGUGUGUUCGUAAAUAUAUAAAGAAAUAAAUGGAAAAACAUGUGAUUGCAUGCAGCACCGUACUGUUUAUUGUUCGUCGUCUCUCUUCCUUUUCGUGUGUUUUUUCUUUUGUUCCUUUUCGUAAACCUUUGGAUUAUGCCAAUGUUGUCGGUUCAUGUAUCUCCAUUAUUAUAUAUAUAUAUAUAUAUAUUUUAAGUCAUUA